GAUCGACGACGGAUGUUUUUUUUUUUUUUUAUCUUACCGCAGUGUCGGCACUUUUUUUUCCUCUGCACUGCACCGCACCGCUCUGCGGAUCGCCCCGGGCUGCUGUCGGCGCAUGCGCAUUGCCAUGAGAUAACGAGCCGGUCACGGAACUUCCCUCCUCAUUCAUCCUUCUUUUUUAAUUUCAUUUAUUUUUCACCUUUCUAUAAUCUAAUAGGCGCUGAUCUCUAAGGGUCCUUCUCCUUUGCCUUGAGACUGAGAAAUAGGGUUCUAUUGAUAAAGAGAUCUGGUUAAGAUCCUUUCUCCAGUAGAUCUCUUGUAGAAUAGAUCUACUGUGUGUGUGCGUGUGUGUGUGUGUGCGUUUAUGUGCGUGUGUGUGUGUGAGGCUUUAGUUCAGUGACCGCAUCAUUGUUGCAUCAAAUAGCAAAGAAAAUGGCAAAGGACGGGAACAAGAGCGGAUGGAAAGAGUUCAUCUGGAACCCGAGGACCCGCGAGUUUUGCGGGAGGACCGCCAGCAGCUGGGGCCUGAUCCUUCUGUUCUACUUGGCCUUCUACAUUUUCCUGGCUGGAUUAUUCUGUGUCACCAUCUACGUCAUGCUCCUGACCCUCGAUGAUAACAAACCCACCUACCAGGAUAGGCUUGCUACACCAGGCAUGAUGAUCAGACCUACAGGUAAAGAUCUGGAGAUCAUCUACACCAAGGAGAACACAGAGAGCUGGGACACCUAUGUACAGGCACUGAACACCUUCCUCUCAUCCUACAACAACUCAGUGCAGGAGCAAAAUAACAUGGAAUGUAACCCAGACCAGUUCUUCAUCCAAGAGGACAGUGACAGCGUGAAGAACAACCCUAAGCGCUCGUGCCAGUUCAAGCGCAGCUGGCUGGAGCACUGCUCAGGCCUCAGUGACCUCACCUAUGGCUAUGGUGAUGCCCAGCCCUGCGUUAUCAUCAAACUCAACCGGGUGAUCGGCAUGCUGCCAGGGAAGAAUGGCCCGGCACCAAGUGUUAGUUGUGGUCCCAAGAAAUACAAAAUCGACCUAGAUGAGUGGAGUGACGACGGAGACAAGAUAGGGAACAUGACAUACUUUCCUCCCAAUGGCACCUUCAACCACAUGUACUUCCCAUACUACGGCAAGAAGGCACAGGUGAACUACUCGCAGCCACUGGUGGCCGUCAAGUUCACAAACCUGGCGAGGAACGUUGACGUGAACGUGGAGUGCAGGAUCAUUGCCAGCAACAUCCAGUCCAACAACGACCGUGACAAGUUUGCCGGCCGCAUCUCAUUCAAGCUAAGGAUCAACUCGAAGGAUUAGUUUGAAGGAAGUCUACACCGUUCCUUAGAAGCUCUUGUGUAUACACAUAGACAUCUGCUUUAUACACACACACACAUACACCAUACGCCAUGCUAGGAGACAAACACACCAUUCUCAAGCAAUCAGACAUGUCACCAAAAAUAAGACGAAUUUGUGUAUAUGUGUGUGUGUGUGUGUGUGUGUGUGUAUACACUAAGUGUUUCCUAGUAUUACCAAUUUAAUCUGAACAUGAGAAAUCUAUUUAUACUGCAUGACUAUAAUGUAAAAGAAACAUUUAUGAUGGGAAGCAGUGAGGAUUUGAUGGAUAGGUGGCGGGGUUGUGAUCGAUCAGGUCACGUGACUCAAAAAUAAGGCAAAACACCGAUAUCAAAAGCGUGCGAUACAUACGACUUGAGAGCUAGGGGGUGUUUAAAAAGGGUUUUCUUUCUAGCACCGUUUUUCUGCAUGUAAGUGAGUGUGUGUGUGUGUGUGUGUGUGUGUUUGUGUGUGUAUGUGUGUGUCUGUUAAUUCUCUCCUAUGCUUACUCACUAAUAAUAUGAAUAUUUUCUAAACUACAACUUAGUACCAGAUUAUUCAAUAUAUCCCAACACCCUGAAAAUCUUCAAAUAUCAUUAAACAUGAUGCUUAGUAAUAUAAUUAACUGGCCAUUUUUAUAUCCGUAAAAAUGCCUGACAACUUUUCAGCCACACAGCCGUGCCCUAGCAACGUUCUGGCUUCGACCGGAUUGGCCGACAGGUGUAAGACACCACCCAAUGAAGCGUCACAUUCGUGUAUGGGCUGCUCUUGAUGUUUGUAUUUACAUGUUAUAAAUAGAUCUAGACGACAACAUUAGAGUAAAAACGAUAACAUAUCCGGCACUGUUGCGUCUAAAAUGGUGAAAAGCUCUAAAAACAAUUCUGCAAUUCACCUUCAUUUUAUCAUCACUGCUAACGUCACGCACACGUUCUCCAUCCGGCGCGCCUCGUUUACAUCGAGGUGAAGCUUUUUAUGCUUAUUUAUAUAUAUAUAUAUCUAAAUGUAUAAAUAAGUAAUAUAUUAUAGUUUUGCAUGUAUAAUAAUGUAUUUCAUGUCGAUUUAAAGAAAGAAAGAAAGAAAAAAGAAAGAAUGAAAGAAAGAUGAUUCUGACAUUUGUAUUGAUUUGCACUUGGUCUAGUUUGAUUGGUGUGAGUGUGUUUGAGUGUGUGGGAGU